AUGGGUUACAACUGGGGCUAUAGUAAAACAGGAAGAACCCUCACUGGCAAGACUUAUGAAAACCACAUACAGACUUUUACUAGAAAGAGUUGUUCAGAUAAUAUUCCAAACCUUUUAUUCGGAGAAAGAUAUUCAAAUAAUCCUAGCAAUACUCGAAAUGCUUCUGAUGUUGCUUUGAAGAACUUUGGUUGUGAAAUUUGUGAUAAACGAUUCAGAUCUUUAUUACAUCUUCAAAUUCAUAUGCGGAUCCAUACUGGAGAGAAACCAUAUCAAUGUGUACUGUGUUUAAAGCGCUUCAGGCAACAACAACAUCUUAACACACAUAUGAAGGGAGUGCAUAAACAGACAAGUUAG